UUCCCACUGAGACUAGUCCCCAAGGACAAAAACAUAAUGCUAGUUUCAGAAAGGAUGAUAAUACAGAAUGUGAAGGUCAAGUGGCUGCAAAUAUUGGGCAGGAAGCUACUAAACAGAUGAUGUUGCAAAUAGAGACUCAACAAUCACCAGGAAUCACAAAUGAAUCCAAAUGCAACAACUGCACAAUCUUUAUUGAACCAGGACAAGCAUGGAGAUCAAAGAGAAAGUAUUCCAACGCAGUUGAGCAUGCAGAAGCCAGCAACUCAAAUCUGAUUGGAAUUGAAUAUAAUACUUUACAAGCAUAUCAAAACCCUUGGGUCCCAAAAAUUCACAAGAAAAAGAGAACUGAGAAAGGGCAAAACUCUUCUACAUCUAGCACAUCAUCCUCUGUGACUGCUGCAAAAGAUGUCACACUGGAAACAACAUGCUAUCAAGAUGAUACCAAAGCAAAUCCUUCUGUAUCCAAAAUCAAUAACUCUGUUUCCACUCCUCAAUGGAAUGCUGGUGGCAUUGCAACACUUGGAGAGGCAAGAAGCAAUCUUCAAGAUAAACAGAAAACCUUUGAGGGUAUCCUAGCUUUAACUCCAACAGAGAGUGUGACAAAAAAGAGAUCCAAGGGUCUUACUCGGGUUCGAGAUUUGGCUUCUCUAACCAGAUUGGCAGAAUGUGGAAUGCAACCAACUUACCCAGGCAACCAAGGGCAGUUGGAUUGUGAUAUGCAACAAGUUGGGAAUCCACAGAGACCUCACACAUGUAUAGAAGCACUAGUAGCAGAGGUGCGUGAGACAUUGGCUCGAAAGAAGCGAACUAAGAAGAGAAACUCUUUUUUCAAUUCUGCAUCCACCAGUACUAAUGAAGCCCAAAAGCAGCAAAAGUUCAUCUUGUAUAACCACCUCCAGUUCUCAUUAGGUGCUCUUCCAGAACUAACAUGGACACGAAUGAUCUCCAUUGAUGAACUCACUGAGCAAUUAGAGAAACUAGACAUCAACAGAGAAAGUAGCAACAUCGAUCACCAAGAGCAGAACGCCCUUGUCCCUUACAGCAUGAGAUACCAAGAGCAGAAUGCACUUGUCAUUUAUAACAGAGAUGGCACAGUUGUACCAUUUCAUGGCUCAUUUGAGCUUGUAAAGAAACGGCGUCCACGGCCUAAGGUAGACCUUGAUGAAGAAACUAAUAGAGUAUGGAAGCUUCUAUUGGAAAAUAUCAACAGUCAAGGCAUUGAUGGAACAGAUGAAGAGAACACAAAAUGGUGGGAAGAAGAACGGAGAGUGUUUCAUGGUCGUGUAGACUCGUUUAUAGCUCGCAUGCAUCUUGUGCAAGGGGACAGACGCUUCUCUAAAUGGAAGGGAUCCGUUGUGGACUCGGUUGUUGGAGUCUUUCUUACUCAGAAUGUUUCAGACCAUCUUUCUAGUUCUGCAUUUAUGUCACUUGCUGCACAUUUUCCGCUCAAGUCAAAGGACCAGAAACCAUGCUAUGGGGAAGGGACUAGUUCAGUGACUGAAGAACAAGCAGUGUACAUACUGGAUCCCGAAGAAACUGUAGAAUGGACUGAGAAGAUGUCAAAUCAACCAGCUUGUGACCAGAGUUCCAUGACCCUCCACAAUACCGAGAUUAAUGAAGAGAAAGAAGUCAUCAGCAGCAAUGAAUCUUUUGGAAACAGCUGUACUGUCAACUCGAUAGAUGAGUCAAAAUGCAAGCUGUUGAAUUCUUGUGUAAGUGAUUCAGAAACAUGCUAUGAUACAAUUCUGAACAGAUCAACCACAGAGAGCACUGCAACAGAGACAAUAUGUUCUGUAGGAGGUAGAAUAGCAACCGAUUAUUUACUUUCAUCUCAAAAUUCCAUGGAUUCUUCAAUUGCUGAAAAUGCUGAAAGAACCAAAUCAAGCUUUGAUAACAACUCAGAGGCAGCAGAUCUCACUCGUGGGUCUGCACUCAACAGCUUUAAUGAAUGUACUUCUUUUGUGGAGCUUUUACAGAUGGCAGGAUCUUACAAGCUUCAUAAAGUUUACAACCAUGGAGAUGUCAAUAUCUCAUCUGAUGAGAACUCAAAGCAUGAAAGUGACCAAUUCCAAACCAUGGCUUAUGACAGCCCAAGACAAAAAGUGGAAGAUUUAAACAGCCCUAAAGACUUUUUAGGAGAGUCAAAUAUACCACCCAGUACUUUCCAUCCAUAUCUUACCCAAGAUUCAGCAGUGGAAGUUGCAUGCUAUGAGAUGCUUGGAGAAGAAACAGGAUCUUCUGGCAUUUCCGUAAAAAAUAAUAAAGAGGGUGUGGUAGAACAAAUUGCUGUUACACCAGAACUCACAAGUCAAACUAAAGAUACAACUAAGCUGACCAUUAGUGUUCAAGAAGCACCAAGUUCUUCCAGUGAAACUAAGCAAGCAAGCAACAGUAUGCAAGAAGACCAGAAUUUAAGUGAACAACAUCAAAGUGAGCUAUCUAGAGAUUCCACAGUUGUUGAAUUGCUGGCCAAAGGACAAAAGCAUGAAAUGCAACAUCAGAAUUUGUCAAACCUGUCAGGAGAAACCCAAGGCGCUACAGAAAGCAAUAAUGCAUGUGAUAACCGAGAAAACAUUCAGCCGAAUACAUCAGUGUCAGACUUGAAUAAGCAUGACCAUGUAUUUGGCAAAGAACUCAAUGAAAUUAAUGAUGCUACUUCAAAAGCAAAAGGUAGAAAGGUUGCAAAGGAUAAAAAAAAAGACUUUGACUGGGAUAGUUUAAGGAGACAGGUGGAAGUGAAUGGAAGGAAAGAAAGACCAGAAAACAACAUGGACUCAUUGGAUUGGGAAGCUGUAAGAUGCGCUGAUGUUAAUAAGAUUGCCAAUACCAUCAAGGAACGAGGUAUGAACAACAUGCUUGCUGAACGAAUAAAGGAUUUCCUUAACCGAAUUGUUAGAGAACACGGAGGCAUUGAUCUGGAAUGGCUGAGAGAUGUUCCACCUGACAAAGCAAAAGAGUAUCUGCUAAGCAUACGAGGACUGGGUUUGAAAAGUGUGGAGUGUGUGCGACUUCUUACACUUCACCACCUUGCGUUUCCAGUUGACACAAAUGUUGGACGCAUAGCUGUAAGACUUGGAUGGGUUCCACUUCAGCCACUGCCUGAGUCGCUGCAGUUGCAUCUUCUAGAACUGUAUCCAGUGCUGGAAUCCAUUCAAAAAUAUCUAUGGCCCAGAUUGUGCAAACUUGAUCAACGAACUCUGUAUGAGCUGCAUUACCAGAUGAUUACAUUCGGAAAGGUCUUCUGCACAAAAAGCAAACCAAAUUGCAAUGCAUGUCCAAUGAGAGGAGAAUGCAGACAUUUUGCUAGUGCAUUCGCAAGCUCUAGGCUUGCUCUGCCAGGGCCAGAGGAGAGAUCUAUAGUGAGUGCAAAAGCAAAUAUAACUUCAGACCAAAACCCUGAAGUGAUAAUCAAUAAACUGCCACUGCCAUUACCCCAGGCAAUGGAUCAACCUGAAGGAAACCAGCAAUCAGAAGCAAUAUUAGAAGCCAAUAACUGUGAGCCUAUUAUUGAAGAACCAGCGACCCCAGAACCAGAAUGCCCACAAGUAACAGAAACUGACAUGGAGGAUACAUUCUGUGAGGACCCAGAUGAAAUUCCUACUAUCAAGCUUAACAUGGAAGAGUUCUCUCAGACCUUACAGAAUUAUGUGCAAGAAAAUAUGGAACUUCAAGAAGGUGACAUGUCCAAGGCUUUAGUUGCUUUAAAAGCAGAAGUUGCAUCCAUUCCUACACCCAAGCUUAAGAAUGUGAGUCGUCUACGAACAGAGCACCAAGUGUACGAACUUCCAGAUUCACACCCUCUAUUGGAAGGGUUGGAAAAAAGAGAACCUGAUGAUCCGGGCAGAUACCUUCUUGCCGUAUGGACACCAGGUGAAAUGCCAAAUUCCAUUCAACCACCUGAAUGGAGGUGCAGUUCCCAAGAAAAUGGCAAAUUAUGUGAUGAGAAGACAUGUUUUUCUUGCAACAGUGUUCGGGAAUCACAAUCUCAUAUCGUUCGAGGGACACUUUUGAUACCAUGUCGAACAGCCAUGAGAGGAAGCUUUCCCCUCAAUGGCACAUACUUCCAAGUUAAUGAGGUGUUUGCCGACCAUGAUUCUAGUCUGAACCCAAUUAACGUCCCAAGGGAGUGGUUAUGGAACCUACCACGAAGGACUGUGUUUUUUGGAACCUCCAUACCAACAAUAUUUAAAGGUUUAACAACAGAAGGUAUUCAGCACUGCUUCUGGAGAGGAUUUGUUUGUGUGAGAGGAUUUGACCAAAAAACACGAGCACCCCGUCCACUGAUGGCUAGACUGCACUUCCCAGCAAGCAAGUUGAGCAAGACACGAGUUAAACCAGUUGCAGAUGAUAAGUAGACAACGAGAAAUUGCAUAAAAAUUCAUGACUGAGACCGGAUCCAGAAUGCCAUUAUGGCGAUAUAUUGAGAACAAGACUAACAGCCAGUAGCUCACCAUUAAAAUCUUGUUUUCUGACCCUACGAUGCUUGUAGCGUGUACAUGUCUAAGAAGAGUCUGUAAUUAUCUAAUUUCAGGCUCAAAUUUGAGCCCAUUCUUCUAAUUUCAGCGAACAUCAGCAAUAUGACAUAAGCUACUGGAUAUUUACAUGAACAGAGAAGAGUGUGUAAAAACCUAACACCAAGUGCGAGAGAGCAUGAGCUCAUGAAUUUAAUUUUCUAUGUUGAAUGUAUCAUAAAGUUCAAGUCAUGUAUAUAUAGGCCCUUAAAUACAAAAAACCACAAUAAUAUCAAAGGGUUUUCAGCAA